CGCAGUUGGCGUAGUGCGGGCAGAGGCGGCCGUGUUGGGGAGAGCGGCGGCCGCCGUGCGAAGAGCGGGCUGGAGGAGCGGGCAGGGCCGGGCAGGCAGCGGGCCGGGACCGUGCCGCAGGCUGACCCAAAGACCUGUAUCGAAGAGUUGUACAAGAGAUAGAGACUGGAUGCUGUCUGAGUGUACUGCCCACAGACUUAAGGCUUCUCCAGGGACUCGAGAUGACUUCUGACAAGAGAUACUUUCAGGAGGGGUUGUGCUGAAGACAGAGCACUGCAGCCUCUAUAUGGGACAGCUCCUGCUGGUCUGGAGCUGAGACCCAUCUUCCCUCCCUCCCUUUUCCCUUGGAGAUGUUGCAGAGAUUUAAUCUGACCUCUUCCUGCUCACCUGAAGCCUGCCGUGGCAAUGAUCCCACAGCCAGAUCCCACCACCAAAGAGAAGAGAAUUGUGCGUUUGAAGCUGGGCUGUCGUUGUAACUGAACUGGAAUUUACUCCCUGCUUGUGCUCCCGGGACAACUGCCCUUCUUCUGCUUGUCUGUGUGUGCUGUGAGCUGCUUCUCCCUGAUCUUGUUUGGAAUUCCUGAGCUUUCCAAGCUGAAUUUGCCCAUGGCUUUCCUGAUGAAGAAGAAGAAAUUCAAGUUUCAGACAAGUUUCACUCUAGAAGAGCUGACUGCCGUCCCCUUUGUCAAUGGGGUUCUGUUCUGCAAAAUCAGGUUGCUAGAUGGAGGAGACUUUGCUAGUUUAUCUACCAGAGAGGAAGUUCAGGAAAACUGUGUCCGCUGGAAAAAGAAAUUUACAUUUGUGUGUAAAAUGAGUGCCAACCCUGCCACAGGACUCCUGGACCCCUGCAUCUGCCGAGUGUCUGUCCGUAAGGAGCUGAAGGGCGGAAAAACCUACUCAAAGCUGGGCUUUGCUGAUCUAAAUCUGGCAGAAUUUGCGGGCUCUGGAUCCACUGUCCGUUGCUGCUUGCUGGAAGGAUAUGAUACUAAGAAUACCCGACAGGACAACUCCAUCCUAAAGGUCACGAUCGGAAUGUCCCUGCUCUCUGGGGACCCCUGCUUCAAAACGCCUCCUUCCACCGCCAAAUCCAUCACCAUCCCGGGGCAGGACUCUACCCUGCAGCUGACCUGCAAGGGCGAGGGAACCACCAGCAGCAGCAGCAGUUCCUCCACAAUUGGCUCCCUGCGCCAGACCAAGCCAAGAACUGCCAUUCUCAGCUCAGGUGUCCCAGAAGAGCCGGAUCAGAACCUGUCCAGCCCAGAGGAAGUUUUCCACUCAGGGCACUCGCGGAACUCGAGCUACGCCAGCCAGCAGUCCAAGAUCUCUGGUUACAGCACGGAGCACUCCCGCUCCUCCAGCAUGUCUGACCUGACCCACCGCCGGAACACGUCCACCAGCAGCAGCGCGUCCGGGGGGCUCAGCAUGACCGUGGAAUGUCCUGAGGGGGAGCGGGACCACAAACUGGAGAAGCCACCUCGCCCUCCCAGACCACCCCUGCUGCUGGACAGACCCUCCCGGAGGAAAAAGGAUUCAAUGGAGAGUCACCCAACCCGAGUGGAUGACACCAGGAUCGACGCUGAUGAUAUAGUGGAGAAGAUAAUGCAGAGUCAGGACUUCACAGAUGUCAGCAAUACUGAAGACAGUAACCUGAGGUUGUUUGUGAGCAGAGAUGGAACAACUACGCUGAGUGGUAUUCAGCUGGGAAAUAGGGUCUCAUCUGGAGUUUACGAGCCAGUGGUGAUUGAAACCCACUAAAUGUGAAGAACAGGGUAGAGCUGCUGGACACAGGCCCCCUACCCAGUCCGCUGCCACAUGGAUGCCAACCUUUACCUCUCUUCAUGCAGCAUUCCAGAAGGGAUUUCUCCAUGCCCCUCUCCAUAUGUUUGCACUGCAGAACCACUCCAAGACCACUCCAGAAACAUGCACUUUCCCUGCAUUGGCAUUGUCCUUCUCUGCUUGCUGGUCCUUCCAGUGCCUACCUUCCCCCUGUUCCUGCUCUGUCUGUGGGGCUUAUCUUUGGGCUAGUCCCAGAGGAUGUUGCUCAUGUGCAUCCCUCAUUCCACCCAUUCAUUUGCAGCAGGGGACUUCUCAGCUUCUGUCUCCCCAGAACAUUGGGUUAUACCACUGUGAACUCUUCAGACCACUGGGGGUGGGGGAGACCAUUCUAACCAAACCCAGAGCUGCUUGCUGGGGACACAGUGACAUGGCCACUUGCAGGAUGCUUUAUUCCAUUGACUCUGCAAGGGAACAUCACCUUCCAAGGCAAUGGUUUUACUGAACAAGGUAUACUGUGGAGUACACUUCGCCUUCCUAUCCCCACAUCCCCAAACAACAUCUUCUCAUAGGAAAUACUUCCCAAAAGUGCAUUUCAGAAAACUACUGCAAUCUAGCUGGGAGUUGGUGAACGGUUAAAUGCGAGUGCUCGUCACACCACUGACUGCAGCAGCCCUUCCACUGCUGGGCAUGGAAGGGGGUGUUCAUCAACUAGCAUUAAAGGGAGCACUUUAGAGGUUACAGAUUUUACCUGGAGGAGGAUUCUACUCACUAUUCCAGGAGUAUGAUCUGUGUUUGCUGGACUGAUUCAUCAGAUAGUCCUGUUGGAGCUUGGAAUACAAAGCCUCUUUUUUUUUUUUUUUUCUUGUUUCAUUGGCUCAGGAAGGGAACUGCCCUUCUCAGACUGUGAAAAGAAUCUCAUCUGACAGCCCUUCCCUGGGCCAGCGCUGGAUGCAGUUGACUGCAGUGGUCUCUCUGUUGUGGUGGUGAUGUUGAUUGCCUCUCUUGGCCUGGGCCAGUAAGGGAUUUGGUGUUGCUUGGCCUUUCUUGCCAUGUCAGCAGACAUCUGUGCCUGAGCUGGUUCCUUCUAGGGCUGGGGAGAAGCUACUGUCUCUACCUUCAAGGGUAGAAUGGGUGUUUGCUGCUGCAUUAGCCACAGCAGCUGUUCUGACUUGCUCUGUGGUGAGUGAACUCUUCUGACAAGGCUUCAAACUGUUCUUUGGUUGAUCUUUCAAUUGCUCUUCUUUGGGUUUGGUUUCUGCAGUUGUUUGACACUUUUCCUUGCAGUGUGUGGCAGAGAUGUCAAUCCCUUUCAGCUCCCACUUGGAGAUUCUCCUGGCAGCCGAACUGCCAGUGAGGAUCUGGGCAGCCCCCGGCUGUAGGCCACCAGCAGGCUGUGCUUGCAGCCCUCCCUGUACAGAGCCCCUCAGCUGAUAAGCUAUUUCUGCCCAUUCCUCUUUUGCCAGUGGUAGCACUCAGCAGCCGUGCCCUCAGAGCAAUUCCACACUCCAGCACCUGGCUGUGAAUCUGCUCCCCUCUGACACCUGUGUGUGUGCACAGGCACACACACAUUCUGUUCAGCAAGGAAAGAUUUGUAACUGAUCACGUUGCUCAAAUUCUUAGUUAUUGUAAAGCCUCUUUUCAAAGAAGGAAAAAAAGGGGGAUUAACUGUGGUCUCUUUGGCCAGAAUGCAUGCAGAUGAGCUAUUGGAAAAGGGAAUCUGGCAGAAUGAGAAACAAGGAAUGAAAAGGUCUUGAUUUAGUGGGUUUUUUACCCUUCUAGCUAAGGAUGCUGCAUGAGGAGGGUGCUCAGCAGUGGAUCAGAUUGUAGCCACUGAGGAGGAGACUGUGGCUCAGCAGUGUGGCAAAACUAUACACUUGCUUACUCUGUUUUGAUGGUUUCUCUCUGAGUCAAGAGGUUUCUUUCUGUGUUUGGACAGACCACUAUAGGAUAUGCAUCUUUUCCACCCUUUCCCUUCAAAGGGAAUCUAAAUUUGAAUUAGGGUAAAAAGGGGAUACAGACAACACCUUGGUUUGGUUUCAUGUAGGGAAAAAGUGUUGGAUCUUUUGAGACUGUCUAGAACAAAAGCUCUUUCACACUUGCUAGGUUUUCUUAAUGGCGAUCUCUUCUUCAUUCAGCCUGGGUAGGUUUGGCACUCACUUGCAGGCUGCUGAGCAUCCUGUCCUAUUCCUGGGGUGCCCGUGUCUGCAGGAAGGAGAGAACUGCUUGUCUUUCUCCCUCUCUGGAGCACUGCCAGAAAGCCAGGCCUGGCCUGACCAUCUGCUCAGGUCAGGGUGAGGGCAGAAGGAGGCUCGGACAGCAGUGGCUGUUCCUGCCCUGUCUGUGGAUGGUUGUGCAGAGCUGAGGGUCUGGCUGCACCCCAGGGGCCAACAAAGCCCCUCAGGAAAUCAGAUCCAACCAUGACUUGAAAGGAGCAAACAUAAGCCAGGAAAGAGGCCAAAACCCAGCUCACUUCUGCUGCUUUGCUUCUGUUCCCAUGAAAAACAAUGGCAGUCACUGUCAGAGCAGUUGGGAUCCCAGGGCAUUCUUUUGGCCUCCAUUGGCAAGAGUCAGCUGCUCCGAGGCACUGGCAGCUUGGCCUGUCACAAAAUCCCCAGGGGGACAGAGGGAGGAAUAUCUUCCCAGCAAAGCAAGAGGAGAAGCAGUUGAGCUUUUGAGAGCACUGGUCUCUUCUUCCCAGGCUGGCAGAGGCAUAACCUGCUCCAUCACAUUGCUGUGGCCAACCUGGGCAUGUCUUGGGCUUCUCUUCCAGUGGCUUGGCACAUCACUGCUUGCACUUUUGAUAACUGUGUCUCAUAGGGUAUUUCUUCCUUGUGUCCACGUUAAUGACUCCACAGAUCCUGGUCUUUGUGUGGCUUUUUAGCUCUCCUGUCCCUGAUUUUGAGUGAGUAAGUAGUCCUGGUCAUCCAGCCUUGUGCAGCACAGCUGGGGCUGGGGCACCCGGAGCAGACCCAGAGGGAGGAAGGAGCAGUCUGCUCCUGUUUGUAGAUCCCAUGCAGAGCUCCUGCUGCACAUCCAGCACAAGCAAUGCCCAGCAGUCCUGAGGCAGCCGUGGACACCCGAGGCGGUGGCUGUGGGGUCACUUGUCCCACACACUUGCUGCUGCCUCAGGAAGCUGCGUCUCACAAGCACUUUUUUCCUUGUGGCAUUGCUGCUGCCUGUUCCUCGUUGGACUUUGAACAUUUAAGAAGUGAAUCAGUUUCCAGACCCAAACCGCUGGCUAGUUUCCUUUGGGUUUUUCUUUUUUGUUGUGAAGUUUAUGGAAAUUGUUUUUUUUUUAUACAAACCCAGCAGGCUGGUGUUUUUUGACUGCAUUAUUGUUUCAUUGCUAUUUUAUUUCAGGGGAGCUGAGGGGGGGAUGCUCUUCCCCACAUUGUUCCCCUUCUCAGGGGAUUCAGAGGUGGCUUAAACAAGUAAAAGGACCUUAUUGGCAAGACUCUGCAUCCCCUGGGUCUCUGAUGCUGACGAGCAGGGCUGCUCAUGCCUGGCUGGCCCUGGAGAGCAGAGCUGGCUCUCUGCUUCAGUCUCAGGAUCAGGCAAAAUGUGUGGACUCUGCUCUCCCAGUUUCUAGAUGUUUAGUUGGUGGAAGCACAUUGCAAAGUGUUAGGAAAUUCAGUGUAACUUUUCUACUAACUUCUUCUUUUUUUAAAACCAAUAUAAAACUGAGUGUCCAAAAGAAUAGGCUUAGUUGUUAGUUGGUGAAGGAGAUGGGUUUCAGCUGGAAAUUGUGAUGGGAAAAGCGGGAGAAGGAUGUUGCUCCCUCAUCAUCAUCUUUUGUAUGGUCAGCACUUUAAAUGGGGGCCUCGUGCUGUCCUGACUUUCAGAGUGAUGGGCAGCAGGCGUGUGAUUUCUCCCCCCCUCAUUGCCACAUCACUUUGCCCCCUACAGAAAGUUAACAAGCCCUUUUAAACGUUUGCUUCAGUUUUUAGAGGGUUCCGAACCAGGCAGAGGCCUGAAGAAAUAUGUAUUUCAUUCUCAUCCGAAUAGGAGGGGUUGACUUUUUAUUUAUUUUGUCGUUGCUGUUUCUUUUUAAGUGGGUGGCAGUGCAGCUGGUCUCUGUACUGCUGCUGGGAACCUCUGGGAAAACCUCACUCCAGGUACGCUAGAGCACCUCGGUUAAACCCCUCCUGGCGAGGGGCUCCCCCUCCCCUCCUCGCUGCCUUACCUGGGGGCUGCAGACCCCCCCUCCACCCCUCCUGCCCCGUUUCUGCUGCCCCAUCUGGUCUCUAGCUGAGUUCUUGCUCUGGUGACUGAGCCCUUUGGACAAGGCCAGUCCCCAGGGACAAGUUCCUACAAACUCUGCCUGGUCGCAGGUGUUUGUCCUUGAAAAGCCACUUCCUCGCUGCGGGGGGGGGAUUGAUGAAUGCAAAAUUCCCCCCACUUCCCUCCUGAGAGCUGUGUCCGUCAGCCCCCUCCUUGCGCCAUCCGAUCCCGCUGCCUCCACAGCGCCUCUGCCCCGCCGGGAGGCAGCGGGCGUGGAAACCUGGGAAAUGAAAAGGAAUUUGGAUGAAGCUCUGAGCGAGGGAUGCGGCUGAGCCUGGUAACUUGCCUCAAACACAUGGAAUAACGGUAGAGCCCAUAUUUUUGUGGGGGAAGGGAAGGGAAGGGGAGAUCAUGUUUUAUUUUCUUGAAUGUGACUUGAGCUUGGUGACCUUCGGCUGAGGCGUACUCGAUUUGUAUCAGAUUCUAUAGAGAGAUGGCUGAUAUUUUUGGAAAGGGAAUGGGUCUAUGCAAACUUCCAAAAUUGUUUGAAAGAUAGUUUAACUUUUUUUUACUUUGAAAAAUCUAAAUAUAAAUCUAACUUUUGUCUUAAAGCAGAAGUGCGUUUAGAAAGAGAAGCUACUUCCUCUGCUCUAUUUUGAUGAUGAUUCUUGGAGAGUUUGGGCUGGAGGGAAUGACUAUUUUUCACCAUUUCUAUCUUGCUCCUCUAGUUUUUUUGGUUCUUUUUCUAACGGAAUGCUGUGCUGUCUUUGAUUCAACAGAUUGUGUUUGUAUUUUCUGUAUCUGGUUCCUAACGUAGAGAAAUAACAAAUACAUGAGGAAAUCAAUAUAAUGUCAAAUGUUGUUAUGGUUUGGGGGAAAAAAAUAAAGGUUUUUUGGUACUUCA